UUGUUUUCAGUGUCGGAGUUCAGAGGGCACUGCGGGGUCGUGUUAUGUUUUCGUGAGCAAUGGCUGCCUUAAGUUGGUAUACGAGAAGGCAGCUACCGCAGUUAUUGUCCCAGUUUGCCAGGGUUGUCAGACAAGCCCGCCCGCAAUAUCUCGGAGGACUACCGGUGAGGAGAGUGCACGGGUCGGUGCGGAACUGGGUGGCGGAGAAAGGACCAUGGGGGAAGAGUCGGACACCGGAGCAACAGCAGUAUAUCUUCACAGAACUAGACAAGGCAGAUGCUUUGAUGUUGAGGAAAUCUCACGAGACAGGAUUUCUGUCAUGGUUCCGUAAUGGCCUGCUGGCCACUGGUAUUGGGGUGAUAGCGUUCGUCCAGAGCGAGGUUGGCCGAGAGGCAGGAUACGCCUUCUUCAUCCUGGGGGGGGUGUGCGUGUCGUUUGGGGGGGCGUCCUACGUGGGCAGCCUGCUCACUCUGAGGAAACUUCUGCUCCUCUCUCUGCCCGCUGUGCUGCUUCACUGCGCCGUGGUGGGCAGCGUCGCCCUCUUCUGGCUGUGUGCGGUAGCGCUCUACAUCGGACGCCUGGAGGUGGAGAUCAUCCACGAGGAUGAGGAGGAGGACGAAGGGAGCGACGAAGGCUCAGAGUGCCAGGAGUGCCGUGACCGGCGGGACCAGGAGAGGGGGGGGCACCGUUCCCAUGACAACAAAGGCCAAGACAAGUAGAGAGAA